AGGUGGUGCAGGAUACCCACCCCCUGGGCACAUGCCAAGUAAUCAGCAAGCAUGGCAGCCAGGUCAGGGAGGACCUUACCAAUGGGACAAUAUGCCAGAUGAUGACCCCAUUGACAACCCUAAUGCUGGCCCUCCUCAAUAUGGUCAUCCUCCAAUGGACAACAUGCAGAGCUAUGACGGUUAUGGGAAUGUUGGGGGUUUUGGAUCUGCUAACCCCUGUCCCCCUCCCCCACCUCCUCCCCAGCAAACUGGGGAGCCACCACUGAUGCAGUUUGACAGUGUGGCUAACCUAAGUGAGGAACAGGUCAGAGAAGCCAUGAUGAACUUUGUUGCUGAGCACUGUUGCUAUGGUAAAUCACCUGCUAAGGAAAUGGCUAUUCAGAAUAUUGCACCUUCUAGUGCCUUACAUUACACACUUGAGACAUUCUCAGAAGCUAGAAGCACAGGGUAUGCUGAAGAGCCCUACAGGGGACAACCAAUAGAUGGCCCUGAGAUGGGAAUGCCUCCUGGUCCAUGGCAGAUACCCUGUGAACCAAAUUCACAUUUCAAUAACCAUACAAAGAAAAUUGAAGUGCCUCAUACAGCAAGAGUUCAGCCAUGCCAUGUAUGUAUGGGACGUGGCUUCAACCGAUGCUACCGCUGUCAUGGGCGGGGACAAGUACGAUGUCACUCAUGUGGGGGAGAUGGACGUGUAACGCGUCAUGAUGCUGAGGGACACGCCCAUCAGGAGCGAUGUCACGGGUGUGGUGGAGAUGGCCGAAGAAGGUGCACAACCUGCGGAGGGGAUGGGAGAAUAACAUGUGGCAAAUGUCAAGGAUGCAGAAACCUUAAAGUAUUCAUCCAACUCACUGUAAAUUA